GCCGCAGACGGCCGAACACUCUAAUCAUCAAUGGCGGAGGCCAUGUCCACACCAGAAGUAUCGCCGUCACCGUCUUGUGCGACUUUCCUCGUCAGCGAGAAGAAUCUUCUACAGGGACUCGACAAACUAAGGAACGAGGAGAAGCUCACCGAUGUCACACUCAUCGUCGAGGAUCAUAGGUUUAAGGCCCAUCGCGUUGUUUUGGCUGCCAGCAGUGACUACUUCUGCGCCAUGUUCGCCGACUGUGCCAUGAUCGAAUCACGCCAGGAGGAGAUCAAUCUCUAUGGCAUCACUGCCCGCGCCAUGAGCGCCAUACUGGACUUUAUAUAUACAUCGUCAUUGGACCUAAAUGCCGACAACAUUGAGGAGAUCCUCGCGGCGUCCACACACUUUCAGGUGCGUGAAGUGAUCGAACGCUGUACCAGCUUCCUGGACAAGAAGAUCGAGAUGGAUAGCUGCCUGGCCAUUGCUGGUAUGGCCGAUAUAUAUGGACAGAUGGCCCUCUCCCGACGUGCCUAUCGCUUCAUAUGCGCCAAUUUCGAGGACUUUGCCGGCACGUCCGACUUUAAGGAAAUGAAAAAGGAUCAGCUGAGCUUCAUCCUGUCGAGCAACUAUCCCAUGGAUAUAACUGAACAGGAAUUGGUACGGCUGGUCUGCAGCUAUUGUCUCGAUAAGCAGAUGGAGGAGAACGAUAUGAGGGAUCUGUUGCGUCUCAUAAACUGGUCGCACAUCAGCUACAAAGCCGUCAACGAGCUGCGUCACAUCGACUGCUCGCUGGAGGAGGGAAAGCGCCUGCAGCUGCCGACUGACUUGUACAAUCGAAUCAAGCAAGAGUAUAUGGACACUAUGCUCAAGAGCGAUGUGUCCCUGGAGGACCAGGCAGCCCUGGAACGGGGACCCACCAAUAUGCGGGGCAUGGAACUGAGCCUGUUGAAGAUCGGAGGCUUCGAGUGGAAGGGUCUAACCAAUGUGAUAAUGUGCUUUUCCCCUUCAAAGAUGAAGUGGUACGAACUGACGUCUAUACCGCACAUCGAUCAGUGCAACUUCGGAACGGCAGUACUAAACAAUGAACUCUAUAUCGUGGGCGGAUCCUAUGAUGUGUGCCUCAAGGAGUACAUCCAUCCCUUUGGCUUCUGCUAUUGCCCUCUGAGAGAUGCCUGGGUAUCCAUAGCGCCCAUCCAAGUGGAUCGCUGCCGUUUCUCAUUGAAUGCGGUGGGCAAAAAGCAUCUGUAUGCCGUGGGCGGGAUUAUGGAGCACGAUGAUUUCUCCGAGGAGACAAUGCGCCGAAUCUCGAAUGUGGAACGCUACGAUAUUACACAAAAUUCAUGGACCUUCAUGCCCAGGUUGCAGGAGAAUCGCAGCCAGCACGCUGGCGUUGUUGUCGGUAAAAAACUCUAUAUAUCGGGUGGCAUCUACCUGGCGAACAUCCUGGACAGCAUGUGGUGUUUGGACACCACAACCGAGACCUGGCAUCAGCUAGCAUCGAUGCCGACACCCUGCUGUGAUCACGUCCUGGUGGCGAUCGAUAAUCGGAUCUAUGCCUGCGGCGGUUGGCGCGAAAGUGUGACCGAGUCCCGGGUCCUUGUCCAGCACAUCUAUGCGUAUGACAUUGAGACGAAUGUCUGGAGCCGGGAGACCCAAAUACCGGCACCGAAAUUCUAUUCCGGCGUUACUGUGAUGCGACGCACCAUAUUCUUUGUGGGCGGCCUGGACUCCACCGAAUCGAUAGACCGGGCCAGCUCCGAGACCAUGGCGUACGAUCUCGAUAGCAAGACCUGGUGGCACCGCAAGGACUCCUGGGACACCCCCAACGACGUCUGGGAGUCUACCUGUGCCACCAUCUAUGUUCCCAUAUGUAAUAACUCGUAGGGGACGGGGUCUUUGUUCUGAACUCCGUCUCUCUCCACUACCAUGUAUCU